GUGAACUACAGAGGAAAACAAUCUUGAAUGAAUCUAACGCUUUUAAUCAAGCAAAUCUAGUGAUUUACCAUUGAAUCUUUUGCCAUUUUAACAUCUAUAAUCACCAGAAUCAAGUGAAAAUUUUAGUUAACAUUACAUUAUUUUAUUGAACAAUGUUCAUCAAUGAACUUCCCGAUGAUUGUUUGCUCGCCAUUUUUGGUUAUAUAAAUAGCCUGUAUGAUUUAAUAAACUGCUAUAAAGUGUGCAACAAAUGGAGCUAUUUAAUUGCUGAGAGAACUAAAAAAGUUAAAUAUUUGAUGGAGGAACCAGAUUAUUCAUCUGGCUCUGUUUAUUAUCAAGGAUAUGGUCGAAUUGAUGCAACCUGUCCAAGUGAAUUAUUCACAAAUUUAAUGAUUGUUGAAUUGAACAUUAGAUGGGAAACGUACUUAGGAUCUGAAGAAUUUGUUGCAUUUGUACGAAAUCAAGCAUCUUUGAAAGGAUUAAUCUAUUCCAUUGAUGAACCAAUAGAAAAAUAUUGUGAUCAACUCGAAAUGCUAUCCUUUAAUUAUAUCUGGCCAGACUUUCGACUAAAUGGUUCCAGUAUAAAACAAUUGCACACUUGGAAUUAUCAGGAUUUCAAGAAAUAUACUUAUUAUUUCCCAAAUCUUGAAAGACUAAAUAUUAUAGUAACUGACAGUUACUAUGACGGUCCAGCAUUGAAAAAGCUCAAAAUACUUGAAAUGUGCUUCUACUCUAAUCGUCCAGACAAUUGUUAUGGGUUCCAGUUCAUGGAUUCAUGUCCAAAUUUACAAAGUGCACAUAUGACCGUCAAUACUAAUGGUUUGUUUGUUGAUGAAAAAUUAAAACACAAAUGUUUACAAGAUUUAGUUAUACGUUUUUUAGAUUUUGACUCAACCAACUGGAAUAAUUUGCGAAGAUUGUUGAGGAAAUAUCCGAAUCUCAAACAUCUUUCGUUGAGGACGAACCGAGACAUGAAAGAUGAACAUAUCGAGGAAUUGGUUCACAUUUUACCCAAACUGGUUCUACUUGAUGUUUCUGGAUGUGAUGGAGUCACUCAAAGGGCUGCUGAUUAUGUAAAAGAUCAUUGUGCACGGAAUGGAAGAUCAACUAAAUUUUACUUCAAUGGGAAUCAAAAUGCAAUCGAAUCAGAUUGGCCUCACUUAUCGUCUAAAAAAGAAAAAAUUAGUCGUGGCUAUGAUUUCAUGAAACAUUGCUUCCUUAAAAAAUAUCAGGAACUUCCAUGUUUCUUGAUUCCUGAUGAUUAUUGAAAACCGCAUAUUAUUAUUUUUUUAGCGAUGUGAUUUAUUGUCUAAUCUAAAGAGAUCUCUCUGUGACCAAAACUUCAGAUCUUAUUUUUAAAUCCAUUUUGCAUGGGAAAUGGUGCAAUUUUUUACAAUCAGAACAAGAAUAAAUGUAUAGAAUCUUCUUUGACAAAUUAAAUUUCACAUUAAAAAUUAUGAGUCACAUAAUA